AUGGCAUUUGCACAGGAAAACAUGGCGGCAGCAACCCGUUCUCUCCAAAAGCUCGCGGUCCUGCUGCUGCUCCUGGUGGCCGUGGUGUGUGGGCACAUCCUGCUCUUUCACUUGCGAUCAGUGAUGGUCCCUUUUGUACUGAGCACGCUGGUCAUCAUCGCAGUGGAGCCGACGGUGGACUGCCUAUACCAGCGCUUCGCGGGGCUGACGACCCCCUACAGGUGGUUUUGCUGCUGCUGCCACCGGAGGCGGAAGCAGAGCCUCGGCGACGAGGAGGCCGAUGAUCCCGACCGCCACGUGUUGGAGCCGCUCAGGGGAGAUGGCGAUGACGAUCCCAUCUGUGAGGGCGCAGCACGCUGCGCCUCUGUGAGCAUUGCGAUUUGUCUGAUCCUCUUAAUUGUGAUGCUCCUCGCCGGCUCCCUGCUCGCUGGAGCACUCCACCUCCGCGAGAGCUGGCAGAGCUACUCAUCGGGUGCUGAGAACCUCGUGGAUUGGCUUCAAUCCACCACAAGGAACCUCUCCCUCAGGCUUCGCUUGAGUGAAGACGCGGAUGUUCGCUUGAAUGGGUUCUAUACAUCCAUGCUGGAUAAGGGCCAGAAGAUUGUGUCGGGCGUGGUCGAGUCAAUCAUUGCCGAGGUCUCCUCGUGCGUGGUGACUUUGAUCAUCAUCUUACUGUAUGUGAUAUUUGGAUUGCUGUACCCCUUGCCAAUCGGUGGCAAGGUAAGCAAUCUGGUUCGCAGCUAUCUGUGGAAGAAGACGUUUGUCUCGCUGUUGUAUGGCUUCUCCGUCUCGGCGCUGUUCUUGCUCUUGGACAACGAUCUUGCCAUCUUCUUCGGCAUUGUUUCGUUUUUCUUCAACUACGUGCCAGAAGUCGGCACAAUUAUCGCCAUUAUCAUUCCGAUGCCUGUGAUUCUCUUGGAUGGUCGGCUACUGUCACCCACCGCCACGCUGGUGAAGGCCACAAUUGGACAGCUGGUCCUCAAGGUUGUGUUCAACAACAUCAUUGAGACGAGCCUCAUCCAGAGCGACAGAGACAUGAAGAUACACCCAGUCUGGGUCUUGCUGACCAUCAACUACUUCGGCUUCAUCUGGGGCCCGGCAGGUAUGAUGAUCGGGGUGCCGAUCUUGUCAGUCCUGAAAGGGGCGGCGGUCUCUGCGGUAGAGCUGACAGAAACGAAGGACGAUGUGGCAAAGGCCUGGGCUGAGUCCUUCUUGGCUUGCUUGGAGGGCCGUCCACAGAAAGCACGCGAGAAGUUCGACAUUGUGUUUGAUGCUGCCGUGGAGUGGCAGGCAUCCCUUCAGGCCGCAGUUACCGGCUUGCGAGAGGCCGCCGAGGCUGCCGUGCGAAGAGCCGAGAUUGCCGAGGCGAGGUGCUUGGUGAGCUGGGGCGACCUGACGGCCCAGGCAGCUUGCCUGGCCCCGCUGAAGCAGGCGAUGGAGGCAGUUGCCAGGGAAAGAUCUACUGAGGCUCAUCUGAGGGAAUGCAGGGAGCACCUGGUCCUCGAGCUGCGCACAGCCUUGCAACGGGAAGUGUUUGAGGCCACCGCCGAGCUGAAGGCUACUGCCCGAGAGCUGCGCACGAUGUGCGCCGACCUCAGAUGGUCUCUACGUCAUGGCUGGCCGGCGAACCCCCCGGCCAACGAAGUGCCUGCCGGGGCGCUGCAGCCCCUGCCUGGCCCCUGCAUCUGUCAGCUCCAGGCGCACAGCGUAGCCAGCGAGGAGAGUUUGCUUCAAGUUGGUACACCGGAGACCAACUUGCAGAACUUUGCCUGGUACCCUACUGAUCUCAUAAUUGCUCGUGGCGCUGCUCGCAGUAAUUGCCCGACAGACCUCGCAUUCCAAGCUGCCGCCCGUGCAGCGAGAAGAAGCCCGAGGAAAAAUAUUCGGGCACUUGCUGUUUCCUCCGGGACUUUGCAGGUAUUCGGUCUGUAUACACAUAGCCAAAGGCUGGCUGCCCACGAUUCAUACGGGUGGGUCUCCUCAAGCCUUUGCCUUCUCACAAUUCUUCACUGGUUUCUGAGGGAGUGGACGUACGCACAGCUCCUCUCCUCUUUGACGGCCGACCUUACAAACUCCAUCGUGUCCGUGCGAAGCACCAAAGAUCUUUCCCUGGUCUACAGCCGGCUCUUCUCGAUGUUGGCCUGGCAGAUUGCCACGGCACCCCUCUUCCUCAUCUUGGACCCGAUGAUCCAAGCGUGGUUCGCGUCGUCUCUUCAGAGUUACAUAACCAACUCGAUGCUUCAAUCAUACAUCUCAGGUGGCGGCCAGGCCUACUACAAGUUGAAGAUGGAUGAUGAGAAGCGGGACCUCGACAACCCAGAUCAGCGCAUCAGUGAGUCCGCAGAGCAGUUUGCCUUCAUGAUGUAUGUCCUCUUCUCCGGCUUCCUGUCGGCUGUGUUCGGGAUGCUUGCCUGGGCAGGGGUCAUGAUCCAACUGGGUGGCUACGCCCUCCUUGCAACCUGCAUGGGUAUGGCAUGCUUGCGGCUGGUCCUCUCCAUCAGUCUCUUCGGAAACGCCUUAGUGGAUGCCUUCAAGGAUCAGCUUGAGACAGGUGCUACUUUCCGUUAUUCUCUGGCACGGCUCCGUGAGCAUGCGGAGCCUGUGGCGCUUGCCCACGGAGACCAGGUUGAGGCGCUUCGCUCCAGGCGCCACUUCGAGUCCCACGUCGAUGCUUACAGAUACAACGCGUUCAUCAGCAUGCUGUUUACCACCACCCUCGGCAUUGUUGACUUCUUUCCCAUCGUCAUCCUCUGGUUGUACCAAGUCCCGCAAAUCGAAGCAGGAGUUCUCAACUUCGGCGACGCUGUGCGGUGCCAAACUGGAUACAUGCAGGUGGCGAAGGUCAUGGACUUCCUUGCGAAUUCCUACGCCAAGCUCAAGCAGCUGCAGGCGAACGGGGAGCGACUCUGGCAGCUCUGGGAAGCCGCUGAUGAGGUCAACGAGGAGCCACCUGAAGACUCGACCAUCGAGUUCAUGGCCUGCGACACGGAUGUGGCGUUUGCCUUCAGAGAGCUCUACGUCUUCGCGCCCGGGGGCAGCACCGCUGUGGGUGGAGUGAGCCUGGCGUGCGAAGUGGGCAAAGGCCUGCUGAUCACCGGGGGAUCAGGCAUCGGGAAGUCAUCGAUUCUGAGGGCCCUGGUUGGACUCUGGUCGACCGGGGAGGGGACUGUUGAGAAGUCCCCUGGCGCCGAAGUCAUCUUCCUACCGCAGAACUCCUACUUCCCCGUUGGCACGCUCUUGGAGGCUGUGAUCUAUCCUGCUGAGCUGGCAGCUGCCGGUGGUGCAGAGAGGAGCGGCCUCGAGGAGCUCACGACCCGUGUGCUGAAGAGAGCGCUCCUGUCACCUCUUCUGCGGCGAUGGGGCUUGCAGGAGACUCGAGACUGGAGCGCCAUCCUAUCUGCUGGAGAGCGCCAGCGUCUGGCCUUCGCGCGGCUCUUCAUGAUGCUGGCGCUUCGAAGCCGCAGUGAGGAGAGGCGCACGAGGCCCUCCAGCGGCAUCUUUCGCAAGGCCCGGAGCGCCACGCACCUCUCAGUCGCAGGCCACGUAUUUCCCCGCACGGCGCGGAGCUUCGGAAGCGAGCUCUACGGCGCCGGACAGAAGGAGAAUCAGACGUUGGCCACCUCUCAGUCAAAACUUCGUCUCAACGAGCUGAAGCGCCAGUCUGCUUUGAGCUUGGUGGAGGUACAGCAAGCUUCUGCACUAUGCGGUGACUUACCGGGCACUGGUGUCAUCGCUGUGCUGGACGAAAGCACCAGCGCUGUCGAGGUCAGCGUGGAAGAGCAGCUCUACAAGGAGCUGCUGAAGGAGUUGAAGCGCGGUUCGCUGCUUUCAAUGGUAUCGGUAAGCCACCGUCCCUCGCUGCCCAAAUUUCACAACACCGAGCUUGUCAUCGGAGAGACGGCAGUGAGCCAAAGAUCUUCGCAGCCACUGCUGCAAGAAGGGGUGUGGCUGACGCCCCAUGGGAAGGAAGUUCCCUGGAGGCACGUGGCGCUGGAGUCGGCCAAUUAUGGGCAGCUUCCGGAUGCCACCGAGCUCUUCCGCACGGCCUCCGACUCCCAAGACAGCUCCAUGACGUCGGCAAAGUCCUAUGCAGCGGGUGACGAGGCUUCAGGAGCUGCAACAUCGCCACUUGGUUUGGCUCUGUCCGCCGCAUCCCCCAGUGCUCUUCAGCCCACGGUGGCCACAACACUCUCCGAGGACCCAGCAGCGCCAGCCGGGUUAGAAGAGGACGAAGACUCUGAGGACCUGGAAGUGGGGAGGGCCACGCGGCGGAGUGUUCGCGACGUCGUCUCACAUUUCGAGAAGCAAGUUACGACCAGGAGCUCCACCUCGCAACCGUUGCUGGCCACGCCCCCGCCACCAGGUGCACCUGUGCUGGACCAGGUGUCUCCAGAGCCUGGUGAUCUAGGCCUCGGUGGACCCGGCGGACGGCUUGGCAGUGGUUACUGCGGAGGCAGACCUAUGCCACUGCCAUUGCUUUCCUCUCAGGACCCUUCCGACCAGCUCAGUGCAGUGGAGCUCGGACAGGAAGCGCCGGAGUUGAGUGUCGGUGCUUGGGCGCGCGCUAGUAGUUGGUAG